CUCUCCCCAACCUUCAGUGAGCGCUCUUCAGUGUACGUCCAGCGCAGUGCUACGGCUUCCUCUGUCUCGAUGGCGAUGUGAAUUUCCUGUGGAAUCCUGACUUGUGCAUUCAGUGGGAUAUUGUUUGUGCACGCUGGAUGAUGGGAGAGGACAGUGGGAUGCUCAACGGAGCCAUGCUGGCCACUUUAACUGCGGUUCUUCUGCUUUUGAUCACUUCAGUGUGUGCAGUGGAAGAUACAGUGAUGGAUACGAGGACAGCGACGGCUGAGCUGGGCUGGAUCUCAUUCCCUGCCAAUGGCUGGGAGGAGGUGAGUGGCUAUGAUGAGAACCUCAACACCAUCAGGACGUAUCAAGUGUGCAAUGUGUUCGAGCCCAGCCAGAACAACUGGCUCCUCACCACAUACGUUGACAGACGGGCAGCACUGCGUAUCUAUGUGGAAAUCCGCUUCACUGUACGAGACUGUGCCUCCAUCCCCAGUGUCCUUGGCUCCUGCAAAGAGACGUUCAACCUUUACUACCUGGAAACAGACAGGGCUGUGUCAGAGGGCAUCCGAGGGGUUGAAUACUGGGCAAAUGCCCCCUUUCUUAAGGUGGACACCAUUGCCGCAGAUGAGAGUUUUUCCCAAGUCGAUUUUGGCGGGAGGUUGAUGAAGGUGAACACAGAAGUUCGAAGUUUUGGCCCACUCUCCAAAGGAAAAGGCUUUCAUUUGGCUUUCCAGGAUCUGGGAGCCUGUAUGUCCCUCCUUGCCGUCAGAGUUUUCUACAAAAAAUGUCCCAGCAUAGUUCAGAACUUUGCUUACUUCCCAGAGACACUUACUGGAGCAGAAUCCACAUCACUUGUCAUUGCCAGAGGAAGUUGUAUCCCCAAUGCAGAGGAAGUGGAUGUGCCCAUAAAGCUUUACUGUAACGGCGAUGGAGAGUGGAUGGUACCCAUUGGCAGCUGCAGCUGCAAGGCCGGGUAUGAACCAGACGGUGACAACUUGUGCAGAGCUUGUCCACAGGGCACCUUUAAAUCAUCCCAGGGGCCCGGAUUAUGUCAACAAUGUCCACUUAACAGUCGGUCCACCGUCGAGGCUGCCUCCCUUUGUGGAUGUCGGAAUGGUUACUAUCGUGGUGACAUGGACAAACCACAGGACUUGUGCACCAGUGUUCCUUCAGGUCCUCGAAACUUGGUCUCAGUUGUUAACCAGACAUCAGUGCAACUGGAGUGGCAUCCACCACGUGACAUCGGGCAUCGUGAAGACUUGUCCUAUAAUGUGUUGUGCCACCGUUGUCACAACAGUGAGCGACGGUUGUGUCAGCCAUGUGAUGACAGCGUGGCAUAUGUUCCAGGCCGGAGGGGGUUAAAAGUAACCAAGGUGGAAAUCAGCAAGCUGCGGGCCCACACGACAUACACCUUUGACAUACAGGCAGUCAAUGGAGUUUCCAACAAGAGCCCUUAUCCCGCCCAGCAGGUGUCAAUCAACAUUACAACUAAUCAAGCUGCUCCUUCAGUGGUACCCAUAAUGCACCAAGUGAGCUCAACAAGCCGCAGUUUCUCAUUGUCGUGGCCACCCCCUGAACAUCCCAAUGGAAUAAUCCUCGACUAUGAGAUACGAUACUAUGAUCAGUCUCACCCUUCAGAAUUUAAUAGUUCAGUAGUUCAGAGCGAGACACCCAGUGUGAUUCUGGAGGGGCUGAGGCCAGGCACCGGCUAUGUGGUCCAGGUGAGGGCCCGCACUGUGGCUGGCUACGGAGCCUACAGCAAAGAGAUGCUCUUCCAAACACUCACUGACGAUGAGUUCAAAUCAGAGCUUGGACAGCAGCUCUCGUUGAUUGCAGGCUCCUUAGUAGGCGGAGUUUGUAUUGUUUCUCUGGUUGCCAUCGCCAUCAUUUGUACCAGGAGAAGGCAGUUGAAAGAGAGUGUUUAUGGUGAUAAGCUGCAGCAGUACAAUGCAGGGGGAGAGGUGACGCUGAGAAGUGAUAUUUUUAGUGGUCCCACCCCCACAGUGACAUUCCCCACCCUGUCUGAUGGUCACAGUUCACCUGGGGUCAAGAUCUACAUCGACCCUUUCACCUACGAAGACCCCAAUGAGGCUGUCCGAGAGUUUGCCAAGGAAAUUGAUCCCUCAUGUGUCAAAAUUGAGGAAGUCAUUGGUUCAGGCGAGUUUGGAGAGGUGUACAAAGGCCGACUAAAACCUGUGGGGAAAAGAGAAAUUCCCGUUGCCAUCAAGACUCUGAAAGUGGGCUACACUGAGAGGCAGCGGCGGGACUUUUUGUCUGAGGCAUCAAUCAUGGGCCAAUUUGACCAACCAAAUAUUAUUCGGUUGGAAGGCGUGGUGACCAAGAGCAGGCCAACGAUGAUUAUCACAGAAUUCAUGGAAAAUGGAGCUCUUGACUCAUUUCUCAGGCAAAAUGACGGGCAAUUCCCAGUGAUCCAGCUGGUUGGUAUGCUGAGAGGCAUCGCUUCUGGAAUGAGGUACCUGGCAGAGAUGAGUUACGUUCACAGAGACUUGGCUGCUCGCAACAUCCUGGUUAACAGUAACCUGGUGUGUAAGGUGUCCGACUUUGGCUUGUCUCGUUAUCUGGAGGAAGAUACUUCUGAUCCUACCUAUACAAGCUCCCUGGGUGGUAAAAUCCCAGUGCGGUGGACAGCCCCAGAGGCAAUCGCCUAUCGGAAGUUCACGUCAGCUUCAGAUGUUUGGAGCUAUGGGAUUGUCACCUGGGAGGUGAUGUCAUACGGCGAAAGGCCUUACUGGGAUAUGAGUAACCAAGAUGUUAUCAACGCCAUUGAGCAGGACUUCCGACUGCCAGCUCCCAUGGACUGUCCAACAGUUCUCCAUCAGCUGAUGCUGGACUGCUGGCAAAAAGACAGGAACGCUCGCCCAAAGUUCCCCGAUGUCGUCAACAUGUUGGACAAAAUGAUACGCAAUCCCGCAUCCCUGAAAGCCGGCACCAACAAUGUUGCGCCAGGUCCUUCCCAUCAUCCUUUGUUAGAUCGUGGUGCUCCAGAUCUGAGCCGGUUGAGCUCUGUGGAGGACUGGCUGGCCGCACUUAAAAUGAGCCAAUACAGAGAUUCCUUCCUGGGAUCAGGCUUCACCUCCUUGCCACUCGUCACUCAAAUCACUGCAGAAGAUCUUCAGAGGAUUGGAGUGUCUCUAGCUGGACAUCAGAAGAAAAUCCUUACAAGCGUUCAGUCAAUGAGGCACCACGUUGAUGACCAGUCUCCUACUGAAUCCGUAUAAUCGCCACAUUCAAAUUGGUGCGUUUUUAAGUCUUCAGGCAAGGGCGGCGUGCUCUAUUUUCACGCAUGUACGUCCCUUGUCUUUCCUCACCAGUCACUGUUCAGACUCAAGUUCUUCUAUUUCUUUCUGGGAUCGCUUUCAACUUCCUGCCUCAAUGGAAGUGAUUAAAUGCACAUUUGCAAGCGCUGAUGCAAGGUUAGCAGUUCUUUGAGUGGUGAAAACAAUGACAAGUAUCUGCUCUUUACAAGACCAGAUCAGCUCUGACCUGAAUGGACUACAAUCAUAAAGGCCCAUUUUCAUCCAUCCAUCCUCUUUACCAACUUGACCGUUUGAUUCAAGACCGGAUUCUCCACCUUAAGCAGCCACUGUAUGAACAUGCUGGCAUGGCAAAACUGUCUUGAAAGAAUAACUGUGUGAACAAAACCUGUCCCAAAAAAGCCAAUUUCAUGGUUCCUGUGUAGAAAGAUGAAAAAGUCUCAUGUUAUUGUCUCAGUGACAACUGCCACUACUUGAAUACAGGAGAACCCAUGGUGAAGUGAGACGAUGACAAGCUUAUCUUCAUAUUGAAGAAUCUGUACAUAUUAUGAUAUGGGGUGUUUAUUUCUGAUCUGAUCAUUUGUCUUGACUGUGAUUGUGAUUAGUGUGCUUCGCAAUUUGCUUCUUUCAGUUUUUGAUGAAAUGGAAUUACAGUCUGGUGCUUUAACAAACAGGUGGUACAUUUUUCUUGGUACAUUUGGCAAUCCAAGGAGUAUAUCACCUCUUCCAUGCAAAGGAUGUACAAUGGCUGACCUACUUAGGUAAUUCAUUCAAAGUACUUCAUAUUAGGGUUGUUAAAUUUAGCACAAAUACUCUCUGAAGCUCAUCUUGGGAAUGAGUAAAGUCCCAUUCAAUAAAACAUAAUAAUAAAAAAAAAAAAAAACGACAGAAAACGAGUACACAACGUCAACAGACAGGCCACAGCAUGUGUCAAAUAUUCAAGGGAGAUUGACUGAACAAUUACUCAAAUGAAAUGUUCCUGUUGUGCACAAACUGCAGUAGGUCGCACAAAUAAGAGAUAAUCAUGUGAUUGAGCUGCAAAACCGACAUAUGACAGGAGGUCAAUCACUCAUUUUUUUAGCCAAGCACAUCAAAUGUCACAUGCGCAAAAUCAAAUUUCAUUCAUAUUACUUUGGAUGACAUCGGAAGGGUGAUGAGCAUUUUGUACCAGGCCGGGGGGGGAAAGCCUUUGCAUCAGUCUGAUUUUCUACUCACUGGUCACCUGAUUGUGACAUUGUUGAUUGGUAAGUUGAGGCAGUGAUGAUGAUUAAAACUAGAAAUCAUAUGUGGUGAACUGCCUGUAUUUUUUUUUGGGGGG